AUGAACCGCACCUCGGGCUACAAGCAGCCAGUGUGGAUCUCGACGGAACCGUACUCCAACCGUCCCGAUUUCCCCAAGCUGAGCCGAGAUGUCCAAGUAGAUGUUGUGAUCGUUGGCGGCGGCAUCGCGGGUAUCUCGGUUGCCUACGAGUGUGUGCAGAAGGGAUUGAGCGUUGCGUUGAUUGAGGCCAGAGAGGCAUUGUCGGGUGAGACGGGAAGGACUAGUGGACAUCUUGCGAGUUCGCUGGACGAUCACUACUACGAGUUGAUCAAUACCUUCGGCGAGCAGGGCGCGAAGUAUGCGUACGAGAGCCACCAAUGGGCUCUGGAACGAGUCGGUACCAUCUCCAUGAAUGAAGGGAUCGAUUGCGAAUACCGUAACCUACCGGGCAUCAUGAUGGUCGAAGUUCCAGACACCGAUCCCACGUACAACAAGAAGAACAAUCUUCCAGACGAAGUCGAUGCGUUGAAGAGGCUGGGAAUCCCACACAAGUUCUAUCCUAACGGAAGUAUCGGAAAGGCCUAUACUGGUGCGGUGUUGGAGUACGAGCAACAGGGUGUUUUCCAUCCAACGAAGUACUUUUGCAAACGUUUCGAGUUUUGGAAUCGCCGUGCUAACGUCCUCAAGGAGAAGCAUGCCGACAAGUUCCAGGCCUACACCCACACGCGUUAUGUAUCUCACAAGGACCAUGGUAGCAGUGCCGGUGUGACCGUCAGCACUGAAGGUGGCCAGACACUCCAGGGAAAGCACAUGGUGAUGACCACGAAUGUCCCUCUUCAAAAAGUCGCUGUCGUGGUAAAGGAAGCCUACUACCGCACCUACUGCAUCGCCAUGCGUGCUCCCAAGGGGGCUUUCCCGGACCAGCUUCUCUAUGACAACGGUGAUCCAUACAUCUACGUUCGCAAAACGGCUCAUCCGGAUCCUAACUUCGAAUACCUCGUUAUUGGUGGAGAGGAUCACAAGGUGGGACAGGAGACACAGGAGGGGUACGGAAAGCACUACCAGCGUCUCGAGGCCUGGACUCGGGAACACUACCCUUUCGUGGAAGAGACUGAGUUCCGCUGGUCUGGUCAGAUCGUCGAGCCGAACGAUUACAUGGCCUUUAUUGGUAAAAACGCAGGAAUGAGCGAGAACAACGUGUACAUCUGCACUGGAGAUUCUGGCAAUGGUCUCACACACGGCGUAAUCGCUGGCCGUCUGUUGACUGACCUGAUGAUUGGCGUCGAGAACCCUUGGGCGAGCUUGUACAGUCCCUCACGCAAGCCAAAGCCUCGCACAAUUCCCGAGGAUAUCAGGGAGAACGUCGACCAGAACCUCCAAUACAUGCGGUUCCUAAAGACCGAUGUUUCUGAUAUCGAGAGCAUCCCACGCUGCUCUGGUGCUGUCAUGCAUGGCGGACUCAAAAAACUUGGAAAGCCUGUCGCAGUUUACAAAGACGGUGACGGUAAAGUUUCCACCUUUAGUGCUAUCUGUCCACAUAUGAAGGGAGUUGUUGCCUGGAAUGCGAGCGAGAUGAGUUGGGACUGCCCAAUCCAUGGAUCCCGCUUCGACGGCUUAACCGGAAAGUGUGUGAUGGGCCCAGCUAUCCGUGGAUUGCACGCGGAGGACGAGGCUGGCGAGGAGGCUCAGAAGGGAACUUCCGGUUAG